AUGAGGCGUCAGGUGGACAGGGAGAUGGGCGGCGACGUGAGUAUACCUCAAUCUGUGCUUUCCAACAUCGCCCCAAGCCUUCAACCGUUUGAAAUGCUAACAUUGGAUGCGCUCAACCAAGACAUCAAAUGGUACCGGUCAACAUUUUACAACGCUCUCAUCCUGGGCCUUGCGAACUUCGCGGCCCCUGGGCUUUGGGGCGCCAUGAACUCCCUGGGCGCUGCUGGACAGGCAGAGCCAUACCUCGUCAACGCUGCCAAUGCCUUGACAUUCUGCCUCAUGGUCCUCUCCUGUUACUUUUCCAGCGCCCUGGUUCGAUUUGUCGGCAUCAAAUGGGCGCUGGUCAUCGGCACCUUGGGUUAUGCACCCUACGCAGCUGGCAUGUAUACAAACAACCGAUUCGGCACGGAAUGGUUCGUCCUUGUCGGCGCUGCACUCUGUGGGCUCUCAGCAGGCAUCUUCUGGAUGGCGGAGGCUGCCAUAGCGCUCACAUAUCCCGAACCAUACAACCAAGGUAAAUUCCUUGGGUUCUGGUUGAGCUUCCGUCUCGCGGGCCAGAUCCUUGGAGGUGCAAUCAACAUCGGUAUCAAUGCCAACAAAGCCAGUGCGGGUGCAGUAUCAUACUCGGUGUACCUUGUCUUCAUUGCACUGCAAGCCUGUGGACCUUUCAUCGCCCUGCUGUUGAACAACCCAUCGCAAGUCCAACGGAGUGAUGGACGUAAAGUCGACCUCUCCAUUGUCGAGCACCCAUGGUUCGAAAUCAAGGCGACAACGAAGCUCUUCUUCAGCAAACACUUCUUGCUCAUUGUCCCAUUCAUCGGCCAGGCCGUGUAUACCGAAGCGGUCAUGUUCACGUUCUCCUCCCUGUGGUUCUCGGUUCGGGCACGAGCAUUGGGAUCGUUUCUCUCCGGCAUCGUGGCCAUCACUGCAGGCAACAUCCUCGGUCUCUGGCUCGACCGCGCGCGCGUCUCGCUCCGCUUGCGAGCCCGCACGUCAUAUCUUGCCAUCAACGGUCUGCAACUCGGACUCUGGAUCUGGGCCACGAUCCUGGUCACACGCUACCGUCGCACUCAUCCCAACUACGACUGGGCGGACGGCACCGACGGCUUCGCGGCUGGAUUCACUCUGUUCCUCUUCCUCGUGCUCGGGUUCCAGCUCAAUUACUUGUACUUGUACUUUGUCAUCGGCCAGCUCUCCACAUCCCCCGCUGAGACCGUUCGGCUCGCCGCUUUGCUCAGGGGCACCGAAUCGGGCUGGCAGGCUCUCAGUUACGGUCUCAAUGCAACCAACCUCUUCGCCGAGAUAGGCGGCGUGUACUUGAACUUUGCACUCUGGGCUAUUGCGCUGGCUCCGGCCUGGUUGGUGAUUAGCAAAGUCGGCACCCCGGAGCAAGAGCAGGAUCAAGAGCGCCGAGCAUCGAGCGGUGUUUUUAGCCUUCCACCUGAGGUCAACACCUCAUCUGAUGUCCCACUGGAAAUAGAUACCGAGUCUAGGAAAGCCUAG